GCUAAAUUUUAAAAAAUUGAAGGCCACCGAAGAACGCUAACUAAGACCUAUAAUAAGUUUAGCUUGAUUCCAGGGGUUUGACUGCAGUUAAGUUAGGGUUUUAGUUCUCGAAACCCUAAAGGAAAAAACUAAACGGUAUAUCAUUUUGGACAAAGAGAAUCAGACUCAUCAGAGGAGGAAGGCAAGAUGUCGAAACGAGGUCGGGGAGGAAGUGCUGGAAAUAAGUUUCGGAUGUCACUGGGUCUUCCAGUGGCUGCCACGAUAAACUGCGCCGACAACACAGGAGCUAAAAAUCUCUAUAUCAUCAGUGUCAAGGGAAUUAAGGGGCGGCUGAACAGGCUUCCUGCAGCCUGCGUGGGUGACAUGGUCAUGGCCACAGUCAAGAAAGGCAAGCCCGAUCUGCGGAAGAAGGUCAUGCCAGCUGUCGUCGUUCGUCAGAGGAAGCCUUGGAGGCGAAAGGACGGCGUUUACAUGUACUUUGAAGACAAUGCUGGCGUGAUUGUGAACCCAAAGGGAGAAAUGAAAGGUUCUGCUAUCACAGGGCCUAUUGGCAAAGAGUGUGCUGAUUUAUGGCCUAGGAUUGCUAGUGCUGCAAAUGCUAUCGUUUAGCAAAUGAUUUUGUUGGGGUUGAGUGGGUCUGUUACAUUAGAUUUUUGAAAUAGAAGUAGUUAUUUAUGGUGUUAGAUGUGAAACAGGUGUUAAGACACAGUUUCAGUAUGUUUGACAUUCUUAAGAGUUAUUUACUUUUUGAAAAUAUACGACAGUUUUUGAAUUCA